AUGUCCAGCCUCGCUGCAUGCGCUGCUGAGGCCUCAUACCCCAGCUCCCGGGCGGAGAGGCAGCAGAAGCUGCUGCCCCUCAAGGAGACAGCAGCAGCAACAGAACCACCAGUUAGCAGCAGAACAUCUCCUGCUGCUCCUGCUGCUGCUGCUGUUGCUGCUGUUGCUGCUGCAGCAGGGGACAGCAGUCCCAGAGGCAGACCAGCGAGGGGCGCCACAGAUGCGCAGCUGAUGCAGGGACCUGCUGCUGCUGCUGCUGCAGCAGCAGCAGCAGCAGCAGCAGGGGCAGACAACUCGCUGAGGGGACAAGGCAGCAACCCCACAGAUGCAGCACCAGACGGAGACACGGAAGAGGCCGUCGCGUACAAACCGCACAGCCCCGCUGGGCCCGCUGCCGCAGCAAACGGCGAGCUGCAGCAGCAACAGCAGCAGCAGCAGCAGCAGCAACAGGUGAAACACGCAGAAGAAGAAAAUAUAAAUAGCAGCAGCAACAACAGCAGCAAUGCACUGCAGCAGCACAAACAAAACCAAAACACUGACACCAACAAACAACCAAAUACUACACUCUUACAAAGCAGCAGCAGCAGCAAGCAACAGCAGCAGCAGCAAGCAACAGCAGCAGCAGCAAACAGCAGCAGCAGCAAACAGCAGCAGCAGCAAAGAGGAGAAACAGAGCAGUAA